CCGUACGGGUGUAAUGUUAUUAUCAGCUGAUGCCUCCCCGCUGCAGCCAGACAGUUUUUUGUCAUAUGAAGCUAACAGGCUAACAGGUUUCCUACACGGACUAUGGAUGUGAGCAGCCGGUUCACACCGGGACGGCGACGCGGUGUCACCGGACCACGAUAACAUCUGUCCGCAUUGGCGGCCCUCUCUUCUCUUUGGUAUCUGCUCUCCUUUGUGAAUUUUGUGUUCAGUCAGCCGGUUAUCUCCCUGACUUUUGCCCUCUUUAUCCUGCUCUGGGUCAGAGUUGCCAUCGCUGUUAGCCUGUUAGCUAAUUAGCUAAUAUAAAGCAGCUGUGAUUGAGGCUAACUGACUCACUGACUUACUGAGCGGACCGGCUACAGCGGGAUGUGCCAUGGCAUCGGUUCGGGUGGCUGUCCGGGUCAGACCCAUCAACAGACGGUGAGUUACAGUCACUAGCUCCACUGUUUCAUGCUAUACUUGAUAUUUCAGCAGAUAUUCAGUGUGAAUGUGGAGAUUUUUUGAGCUAUCUGAGGUCACUGCCUCCUGCAGAUGUAGCUGCUGGCUAGGUGGGUGUUUAAAUCACAUGAACUGCUAUAGAGCUUUCAGUUCGUACCGCAGAUGUUUCGGGGGUAAUUCCAAAAAUGAAAAAAAAAAAAAAAAUUUGUUAAUGUAAAAAAAAAAAUAGUGUUGAAUGCAGUUUCAGUUCCUCUGCUUUUAGUAGCAGGUGUUAAUUGAGUGUGUUUGGCAGAGUUUGGCAGCUGUCAUCUGUGUAGACAAGCUCAGACAAAAGAAACCAGAUCACCUCAUAGAGUAUUUUAAAUCACUUAGAGUAACAACCCCUCACUUAAAAUGCAACCUUAAACAUUUUACACCCCCCUGCCACAAUUUUUCUGUCAGAUUAAGCAAUAUGUUGCUUUUAAAAAAAACUUAAUGUUCGUUUUUUUUUUACUGUAUUGUAGAACCAAAGCAAAAUGUAGUGAGCAAAGUUUUAAGUUACCCCUUUAAUUUUAGCUCCACUACACCAAAGCUACUUCCCAAAGACAAAUAGUGAGUAAACCUACUGCAACAUGGCACAAACAGUAUAGCAAUAAUAAAGCUGACUUCAUAUAUUGUACUUAUUUAAUAAAAUUUUAGCCAUGAUUAUGAGGAUAAUGAUUAUUUAUUAUUGUUGGUAAAAGUAGUAUCAUAUAUUGCUCAACUUAAUUCAGUCAUCUUUUGUACCGAGACAGCUAUUGUCUGAAAAAGUUUACUUGUUCCCACUAAAAGCAACUACACUCAAGUUGACUACAGAGAGGUGACUUGCUCUUCUUUUAGUAGUGACUGUUCAGCAUCUGGUGUUAGCAGGGGUUUGCAGACUAACCUGGUGAUAUUUAUCUUCAUGGGCCGAUUAUGUAGCUCACAGGGGAGUCAUCUAUAUGUCUGUUUAGGUGAUUUGUGCUCAUGAUGACUUAAAUCUUGGAAUUCCUACUUUGAUCUCAGAAUUUCAACUUCGAUCCCGGAAUUCUGACUUUGAACUCAGAAUCCUGCCUAUAAUCUCAGAAUUCCAACUUUCAUCCUUGUAUUCUGCCUGUAGUCCCAAAAUUCUGCCUUUCAUCUCAGAAUUUCAACUUCGAUCCUGGAAUUCUGACUUUGAACUCAGAAUUUUGACUUUUAUUUUGGAUUUUUGCAAGGAAUCUUUAGAAUUCUGCCUUUAAUCGUAGAAUUCCGACUUAAAGCUGGGAAUUCUGCCUUUUAGUAUAAGAAGUCUGACCCCAGUGUCAGAAUUCAGACUUUUUAUUUUUAUCAUCUGGCUUACUUUAUUAUAGUCAUGUGUGUUUUAAUGUUGACUUGUGCCAAUACUGUUGGUGCACAGUACAACCAUCUUGAAUUGUAAACUCAAAGUUACUAAAGUUCCUCCCAGUUUCUGGGUUGCAGUUUAGACUUCAGGGGGUGUUGCAGAUCACUCAGAUCAAGUGUGAGCCACAUUUUUUUCUGCACCAAAUAAUUCUCUAAAAAUUUAAAAGUGGAGAUCAGAAUUUGAGAAUUAUCUGCAUGAUAUUGGUAACGUAGCUUAAAAGCCUUAUCUGUAGCAGGAAGUAUGAAAAUUUCUGCUGAUCUAAUUGACACUGGUCUGUUGAUUUUGUGUUACCCUCCAUUAUAUGACGGGUUCAUAAUGGCAGAGUGUAGCGUUAUGUAAUAUGCUGUUGAGUUACUGUUUUACUUCGAGAUAACAGACACCCGUGUGUCCUGUUACUGCUGACGUGUAGAAGUUUGAAUGUAAAAAAUCUUCAUGCUCAGACACGCAGACUUUGUUUUCAUCCUUUGACUCAAUCACUGAGGGUGGAGACGACCCGGAGAAUAAACUGGGGUGGAGACAAACAAUGAUACAUGACUAAACAAACACAUCAGCCUGCUGGCACAGCUCAGGUGUAGUCACAUGGGGUUUAUUGAUGUCAGCUGGUGUUACUGGAUCAUGUUUGUAUAUGGUUUUCAGUUCAAACCUGCAUUUGUGGAUGUAUUAAAAACAGUGUUCACAGACUGGUUUUUGGUAGUGACUUGGAGCCCAAGCAGUUGUUUCCACGACAGAGUCCUGUUAGUUUUAUUUGACUUUUCUUGAAUGGUGCUUCUUUCUUUUUUGCAGUGUAUGAAGUUUCUGCAUUCCAAAAAGGGUGUCAAAUUUUGAAAUGUCCGACUACAGGACAGUGUUCAUCUUCAGGAAUUAAUUCUGAGUCCAUGCAGUGAUUUCCACUAUCAAGACAUGCCCAUCAUUUUAAAGUUUCCUGGUCGGUCCCCCUUCUCUCUUUGGCACAGAGUAUGCAGGCUCAGGGAAUUCCAAAGAGAAUGUCAAUUCUGAAAUGUUUGACCACAGGACAGUUUUUCCACUGUUUGGAUGAAAGUGAUUUUGAGCCUAUGCAGUGAUUUCCAUGAUAAAGUUAUGUCUCUUUACAUUGCUUUUCCUGUCUGGACCUUCUCUUAUUUUGUACAGAGGAUGGGGCAUCCAUUAUUCCCAUAAAGAAUGUCAAAUUUUGAAACCGACUACAUUGCAUUUUAGGAAAUGAUUUGAGCCUAUGCAGUGAUUUCCACUGCGGUCAGGUCUAUUUUCAUGUAGUUUCCUGUAUGGUACCUUCUUCCUAAUCUCAGUGGAUGAGAUUUAUGAAUUCCACAAAGAAUGUCAAAUUUUGAAACCCCAAACUACAUGAAAGUGUAUCUGUUUUGGAAGUGAUUUGAGUCCAUCCGGUGGUUUCUACUUCAGAGUCAGGGUUAUUGUUAUGUAGUUUCCUGGAUGGCCCUUCUUCUCUUUAUUGCAGAGAAUUAAGGGGCAAAAACAGUUAAUAGUGAAAGGUAAAAAUUCUGUCAAGAAUUACAAAAAUAUUCUCAAACUUUUGACCGCAUGCUGCUCUUAAAGAAAAGAUUUUACUUUGAUGUUUGAUAAUUUAUUGAAACAUGAUGUGCUUGUUAACCUACAAAGCUCACAGAUAUCAGUCUUCACUCUAUUUACUUUAUGGUUGAGUUAUUAAAAAAAACAAAAAAAAAAACCUUAAAAAUUUAAAUUUGUCAAUCUGCAACAGGGAGAAGGACCUGACUGCAAAAUGCAUCAUCCACAUGGAAGGAACCAAAACCACCAUCACGAACCUGAAGGUAAGGUACACUGAAUGCUCUGACAUGGAGUCAUUGUUAUCUGUGAAUAUUGUAGCUGAAGUCUUGUCGUGUUGUUUCCAUAAGCUUCCUGAAAGCAUAGCUGGAGAUUCUGUGAGAGAUCGGACAAAGACUUUCACUUACGACUUUUCAUAUGACUCCACCGACAGUAAGAGCGCAACCUUCGUCUCCCAAGAAAAGGUAAACAAGGCUCCCAGACUUUCCUCUGUCCUUCCUUGUUCCCUCCCUGCUUCUUCCUUCCAACCUUCCUUGUUUUCUGCCGGCUUCUUCUUUCAACCUUUCCUUGAUUCCUCCCUGCUUCUUCUUUCAACCUUUCCUUGUUCCCUCCCUACUUCUUCCUUCCACCCUUCAUUGUUCCAGCCAUUGUUCCCCUUGGCUGGACCCACUAUACCCACAAUUCUGUUUGAAUUUGUGUUUUGAAGUGAUCUCUUCCCCGCUGAACAUUUAUAGCAUGGUUCCUGGAUUAAUCUUCAUCUGUCACAUGACCCUUCUGGUCACUGUACCUGGAGCUCUCUGGUUUGAACUGGCAUUACGACACCUCUGUGUCAGGCUGAAAAUACCAGCCUUUGUCUUGUGUAUCUGUGCAGUAGGAGGAUUAUAGAAGACAAAUUCUAUGCAAAACAUGAGCUGAGACUUACAUGAGCUGCUGUAUGUUUGCAAAAGGGCAAAAUUCUUCUACAGUUUGUUAUCAAGGUUUAAAUGAAUGCAGUGACUCCAGCGUUUGGACUUUAGUAGGUAUUUACUGGCUAAAAUACUGGCACUAGGUCACUGUAUAAUUAGGUCAUUUUUACUAAUUUCUGUGCAUGCCACCAUAAGUAAUCUGAGUCAUGCGGCUGUGAGAGACUUAAUGCUGGUACUACGAUUCAGUGUUCCUGUUUCUGACAAAAUCCUCAUUUUAAUCAGAAGCCCAGAUUUCAGCUCGACUAUAAUAAGACUGCUUUGAUACUGUGUUUCUUGUGCUACUUUACUGUAUGCUAAAGAGAAAUGAGUACAACUUUAGAUGCACUUAAACUGCCUUUUAUUCAUGGACUUGGACUUGUAGUUAGUGUUCAAAGUUUGCCAGGUGAGGACAUGUUGGGGAGGUAAUCCAGUUUUUCUGCUUUCAAGAUCAGCCAGUCACCUGCUGGAAAGCUGAUAGUAAAUCGUCUGCUUUGUCUCUUCUGGACUGUUUAGUGUCAACUCAUAAGGUUUGGUUUGUGGUUGAAGGGUGGAGGGUUUAUGUCACUCUAGUUUGUGUUUACUCUGUACUCAUGGGCUCCCAGAUCACAUUUCGGCUCUGUAAUGUCAAUACUGAGUCAUGUGAGCCUUAAAUCUGGACAACAGUGUUUCACAACCUCCUAAUAUUGAGUGAGUCAAUAGAAGCCUGAAUCUGGUCUAAAUAUAAAUAAAACAUGAUAAUAAUUAUGAAAUGUAUUUUUUUUCCUUUUUUUUGGCAGGUUUUUAAAGAUUUGGGCUCAGAUGUGCUGAAGGCAGCGUUUGAGGGCUACAAUGCCUGCGUCUUCGCCUACGGACAGACCGGCUCGGGAAAGUCCUACACCAUGAUGGGGAAUCCUGUAAGGCUAAACUCAGGGCAAACUAAACACUCUCAUUGUAGACUCUCCUGUCCAUGCGGAAACCUUUACAGGAGACUGAUAAAAGUGAAAAAGGUGGAGUGAUUGAUCAGCUCCCUGAAAUCAUCAGUGGAAUUCAUCUGUGUUAAUCUGACCGUGUCUCGUGUUUUAAGAGCAGAGAAGACAACACGGCUGCAGCUUUGACUGUUAUCAUGGUCAGAUAAUCUGCUCUCUCUCCCCAUUAAAAGGAAAGUGGUAUUCUUGAUAACCUUGGCCCUGUUGUCACAUACUUUAGGGUCCAAAGCUCUUUUUAAAUAUUAACAUUAGCUGCGAAUAAAUAUACUGCAAUGAAGCGGUAAAACCUGACCACGACUGUGGACUAGAAGGUUCAAAUCACAUACAUGGAGGAAAGUUUUGUUUUUGUCUUCAUUUGAUCUUGUUAAAUAUUUAUAAAUCGAAGAAAUACAGCUGCAAGAAAGAUCAUGAAAAUAAAAGAAAAGUGAAACAAAUGUCGAUAUGAUACAAAGUAUAAGCUGAUAAAACUGAAACAGAAACUCGGUGUUAAGAGAAAUAAACUAAUACAGACAGAGGUCACACUUUGUUCAGUUUGUUAAAAUGGCUGUUUUCGUCAGUGGGAUUUGGUGGGUUCAUACAGAGAGCUGAAAUGGGUGGUUGUGGUUUAGAAAAUUUGCCUCCUUCUUUCACAAAAAUAUAUUGAAGCUCAUUGUGGCAGGAAACAAGUGUGUCAAAUUUUUCAGUUUGAGAAAAAUGAAAAACAAUCCAGAAAAAAAUCAUUAUGAGACCAGAAGUAGAAAAAGUCAGGUAAAAUGCAUCAAUCUUAGUCAAAAGUUAAAAUUACAACCUCAGAUGUCGAUUUUAGGAGAUACAAAGUUUCAAUUUUGAAAUAUGUCGUCAUAUUGAAGAGACUAAAGGUCAAAAUAAUCAAAUAAAAUCAACUUAUUAAAAUGUAAAAUAAUGAGAUAUAACUGAAUUUUGGAGUGAAACUCAAAAUAACGAGACAAAAGUCAUAAUUUGGAGAUAUAAAGUCAGAAAUAGGAUAUAAAAUGAGACAAACCAAUACAGUUUUGUGAUUCAGCAUCCUGUGAUAUUGACACUGAUAACAAAAAUCUGACUAAUUCAUUAACUUUUGUACCCUGUCAUAUGACUCACCUUUUCGACUUUUACAGCAUCCUCCUGUUGCUCUUGUUAAUUCCUGUUUUGUUGUGUAGGGAGAUGCGGGUUUGAUUCCGAGGAUCUGUGAAGGUUUGUUCAGCCGGGUUGCUGAGGCGACUCGAUGGGAUGAAGCUUCAUUUCGAGCAGAAGUCAGGUGAGACCAGGCUUAAAAUCUUUUAGCCUCUUGCCAAAAUCUUUGUGGAUUUUUUUGAUCUUCGUUUGAAGCUUUAGGGUAUUUGAUAUUUGAUGAAGUGUAGUUAGAAAGGUGGUCAUUGCCGUGGGAUCCAGAGCUCUGAUUUGGGACUGAAUUAUCCUUUAGCUACCUGGAGAUCUACAAUGAGAGGGUGAGGGACCUGCUGAGGAGAAAAUCAACUCAGACCUACAACCUGAGAGUCAGAGAGCACCCAAAGGAUGGGCCAUAUGUAGAAGGUGAGACUGACCUCAGAGCACCACAGAGAAACGAAAUACCAUCUCUUAAGUUUGAUCACAGGCUGCAGAUUUAACAAAUCUUUUAGACUUUUCAAGCUUAUAUAUAACAUCCUGUAAUAGUGCCAAAAGUUGGCCUUUUUUUUUUCUUUUUUCCAAUUUGGAAGGAUGUCGCUCACACUCUUACCCAGCAGUCGUUACAUCGUUAGCGCUACAGCCCCUCUCUUGUUGUGCUCACUCUGUCCCUUGGCUUUUCAGACACACACACUGUUGCACACACCUGCCUCCUGCUCUACUCUCCCCACCUGUGCAAUGUUCCACUUUCAAGCCUGUUUUGUACAUGUUGGUUGACAAUCAGAGAGUGUUGGUCUGUCAUUAAUGUCCUGUAACACCACCCCGUCUCAGAUCUGUCCAAACACCUGGUGCAGAACUACAGCGACGUGGAGGAACUGAUGGAGGCUGGGAACAUCAACCGCACCACUGCCAGCACGGGGAUGAAUGAUGUCAGCAGCCGAUCGCACGCCAUCUUCACCAUCAACUUCACGCAGGUCAGACGCAAGUUAAUGACCCAGGAUGAGUUGAUGGACUCCCAACAAAAAAUACAAACUUCAGUGUACUGACUGACUCACGAAGAAUACAUCCAUUUUGUCAGUACUGGACCUGUGUCAUACAUAAGUGUUACUAAUGGAUGCAUUUUGUUUUGCACAAUCUUGCCAUAGACCUCUUAAACUCAGCCAGUCUGUUAGUUUUACACGCUCCUUCCCUCACUGUGUCUUCGUCUGUCAGGCUAAGUUUGAUGCAGAGAUGCCAAGUGAGACGGUCAGUAAAAUCCAUCUAGUUGAUCUUGCCGGGAGUGAGCGAGCUGAUGCCACCGGAGCCACAGGCGUACGGCUGAAGGAGGGAGGAAACAUCAACAAGUCUCUGGUUACCCUCGGCAACGUCAUCUCCUCUCUUGGUCAGAAACACAAUGCAGUCAUAGACUAAUUUAUGUUUUUCAGUCAAAGUUUAUGUCCUUUUAAUUUCUGCUGAUCUAUUUCCAGCCGACAUAUCGCAGGAAGGAGGAAACACCAACCUGAAGAAGAAGUCAAUGUUCGUCCCGUACAGAGACUCCGUGCUGACAUGGCUGCUCAAAGACAGCCUCGGUGGAAACUCCAAGACCAUCAUGAUUGCCAGUGAGACGCUCAGCCCCCCCCCCAACAUUUAAUAAUCCUAGAAAGAAACAGUCUGAUGUAUUUUAUCUGAUUCUGUUAAAACAUCACCUCUCUCCACAGCUGUUUCCCCCGCUGACGUGAACUAUGGUGAGACGCUAAGCACGCUACGAUACGCCAACAGAGCCAAAAACAUUAUCAACAAGCCAACCAUCAAUGAGGACGGCAACGUCAGGCUGAUCAGAGAGCUGAGGGCAGAGAUCGCUCGGCUCAAAGCUCUGCUGGUUCAGGGCAACCAGGUAAAAGAACAUCAGCAGAGAGCAGAGAUGGAGGAGCGAUAAGAAACAAGUUUUGAUUUUCCUGCUUGUCCAUGGAGGGGAUUCUCCCACAUUUUGUUGCACACUGAUGUGUUCUCGAACUGAGAGCUAUUUGAGACUGCCCACUAGUCUGAGUGUUUUUGACUCUGUGUUUUUGUCUCAGAUUGCUCUCCUGGAUUCACCCACCGCCCUCAGUAUGGAGGAGAAGCUGCACCAGAAUGAAGCCAGAGUGAGUCGAAUAUCUUCAUCUGUUUUAAGGGUGACGUUAUCUUGCUGAGGGAGGUCAAAGACGUCACAUUUCUGCACCAAAAGUUGCUUUGCUGGAGAGUUCCUCUCGUUUUUUUCUGGUUUCUAUGAAGCACCUGUUGUUUUUUGUUGAUUUGUACUCUUGUGUUUGCAGGUUCUGGAGCUGACUAAAGAGUGGACAAACAAAUGGAACGAGACGCAGAAUAUUCUCAAGGUAAAGCUUGGUUUACUUAAAGCUGCUGCAAAGAGUUUUUUAAAGGGUAAUGAAACCGAAAAUUCUGUUUUUAUGAAAGCAAACCAGACCACCGGAGAUAAGACUUAUCUUAUACAAAACGUGUUGAACGAGAAAGUCAAAGAGCUGAAGCCGAUUAUUAACUAAGAGAAGCAAAGAAAUCAGCUGCCCUCAAUCUGAACGAUGAUAGUUUUACAGUGCAGUCCUAAAUGUCUGCAGGAGGAGACUCUGGCUCUGAGGAAAGAGGGGAUCGGUGUGGUGCUGGACUCUGAGCUGCCUCACCUCAUCGGCAUUGAUGACGACCUCCUCAGCACUGGCAUCAUCCUGUACCAUUUAAAGGUCAGAGGUCACCUGCUGAAAAAGAGCUUAAUUACGACAAAAAUGAAUUGAUAUGAAUUCAUGUUUUUUUGUCUGAAGCAGGAAAUUAAAUCUAGUCGUCACAAGUUUCAGAAAUGGUUCCCCAAAUGACUUCUUAGAUUUUUGUCUUCUUCAGGAGGGACGGACUUAUGUUGGCAGAGAGGACGCGUCCGCAGAGCAGGACAUCAGUGAGUAGAUCUUCCGAGUAUUUUCCUCCGUGGAAAUCAGCAGAAAUUUGUUUUUAAAGCUGCAGAAGCAGAAAAAAAAUUGGGGGGUGUUAUCUAAUGAGGUUAAACAAAAGAACAAUGUGGUCUCCACAGAUAUUUAAAUAAGCGCCCUGGUUCACUGAUUCCCAACUUGUUUUAACCCGUGACCCCACUAAGACUGCAGUUCAUGAGUAAUUUAGUCAUCUAGUAUUAAAUCAGUCAUUUUUUUACACACUGACAGACAGAGGACUUUUCUGCUUGUGCUAGCUUUAUGAAAGGAAAUAAACACCAAAACAGAAAUGAAAACUAAGUGCUUUGACUGUGGUAUUUAUGGUAUGACAUGAGCAUGAUAACAGAGAAAACAUGUGGUGACAUACAGGCUGUCAGUAAACACGGGUGAAUGGUUUCUCCUUCUCCAGCUCAGUGCAGCAGGCUGACACUGUCUCUCAGCACGAUCAUAAAAAUCACUUCAAUGAUGUUUGUAAUAGUGGGGAAGUGGAUUUUCUCGCAGUGGGGUGGCAUCCAUGAGUCUCAUUUUGUCCUUCUUAGUCCUACACGGUCUGGACCUGGAGAGUGAACACUGUAUGUUCGAGAACCAGAACGGCAAGGUGACUUUGGUCCCGCUGGGUGGAGCUCAGUGUUCAGUAAAUGGAGUCCAGGUGACGGAGCCGUCACAGCUCAACCAAGGUUAGAUCUGGAAUGACACUACUCAGAAGUCCGGAUGUCUCGUCUUUCAAUCUGCACUGGUUAAAGGUAGAUACAUCCUCAUUUUAUGUUCAGUCCUGUUGAGUUUCGAGUUUUUGUUUGUCGUCCAGGUGCUGUUAUUCUGCUUGGCAGGACCAACAUGUUUCGCUUCAACCAUCCCAAAGAGGCGGCAAAGCUGAGAGAGAAAAGAAAGGUGAGGGCGAUUCUCGAUUCGAGGACUUUAUCUUCUGAGGGGGCAUCCUUUAAAGGAGAAUCUGAAGUUCUGACCUUUUUUUCCCCUUAGAGUGGUCUGCUCUCGACUUUCAGCCUCUCCAUGACAGAUCUGUCCAAGUCCUGUGAAAAUCUGUCCACUGUGAUGCUCUACAACCCCGGGUGAGUUCAACAAAACCCUGAUGACUUCAACUGCAUGUGAUAAUCAGCUCAGACCCUGCAGUGCAUCUCCCCUCUGCAUCAAAAUGCCCUGAAGACUAUGAAAUCGUUUCCUCUGUCAGGGAUUUAAAGCUCCUGUGAGGAAGUUUUAACCAGUUAUGUAACAAUGUGGAAUUUAUAUCCCUGCCACUGUAUGAGCUAAAAAUACAAACAAGAAGAUAGAGAAGCAGAGUGACUUUUUCUGAACCCUAGCCUCCUUUGGACUCUUUUGUCUGGAUGAAAGUUUUCUGAUGCCAAGCUUUUUGGUUGACCCUGGUCAAAAAUGAGUCACUUCUUCUGAAAAAGUGUCUGAGCAGCAGCCUCUUCUUCAUCUUGGAGUUUCAUGUGUGCAGACUCUAUGGUUGCAAACAGCUGAGAUUAAUUGUCUGAACCCUGUCCUGUUGACAGUCUCUUCACUGAGAAGGGCCCCGUCUUCCUCAGGUAGACUCAGAUGCCCGCUUUCUGUCUAACUGUCCCGUUUUUUGACCCAAAGAAGUGGUGUGACUCGUCCUGUCUGUCACCCUGAACCCUCAUUCAUUGUGUUUUUUCUUCUAAUUUUGCACGUCAUCUCACUGCUUCUGUCUCCAUUUGGACGACCUAAAAACCAAAAUGUUGUUGCUCUUUUACAUGGCUUGGCAUUUCACAUAAACUCUGUCAUGUGCUGAUUUUACUUGCUGCACUUCACCUGUUGUGCUGUUGAACAUUUUUAUGUGUGUUUUCAAGUGUGUGUGUGUGUGUGUGUGUGCGUGUGCUCUUGUGUUAUGAGGGCAGAGCUGAUGAUGAUCUUUUUAUUGACAGGUUGGAGUUUGAAAGGCAGCAGCGAGAGGAGCUGGAGAAACUAGAGCUGAAAAGGUGCGAGUCUGUAAUUUCUGAAGUUAUCUGGUAGUUUUGUUUUAGUUGGAUUUAUGACUUCCUCAGAGUUUGUAUGUUUUAAAAUGAAUCUAAAUACUUUUCUGUCUUUUUAUUUUGAAAUGCCACAUUACAUUAGAAAGCAGCAGUGAAACAGACUGUAAUGGCUCCAUCUUUAGGGCAAAUGUUCCCAAUCAGAUUCUGUCCUCUGGAAGUUCUUUUGGAGUAUUGGUUUUAUUCCCACAAACAUCAUAAAUUUAACCUCUGUGAUUUUUACUUCCACAUUCUGAGGGCUGCCAGGCUGUAGUAUGUUUAGGCGAGGGAAAAUGUUCUUCGCUAUAUGGGACCUUCAAACAACUACAUGUGAAUAUGUUCUUAUUUUUGCAGGAGACUGAUUAAGGAGAUGGAGGCAAAGCACCAAAGUGAGAAGGCAGAGCUGGAGCGCCUGCAGCAGGAAGUGGAGUCACAGAGGAAGGAAUCUGAGGAGGUGCGACAACAGAUCCUCCAACAGGAGGAGAACCUUCGCCGCCGCAGUCAGGACAUCGAGAGCCGUCUGCGGGACUUCCUGGCUGAGAAAGAGCGCUUUGAGGCAGAGAGACGCCUGGAGAUCCAGGGGACGGACUUCCAGAGGAGAAACCCUCUGCAGGAGUGUGAGUCAGAGGAGGAGGAGGAGCAGAGGAGGCAGCAGGAAGCUGCCGAGCAGACUGAGAUCUACAGAGAGCUGGAGAAGCUCAAGAGGGAGCGCGAGGAGCAGAAGGUUCGCCUUGAGACCGAGCGGCGGCGGCUGGAGGAGCAGGAGAGGGAGCAGCUGAGCCUGGUGGGGAGGCUGGAGGAGCAGCUGAGGGAGAAACAUGAGGCCACCUCUGCCCUGCUGACCCUGGAGGACACCCGCCGCCUGGAGGACGAGCGGCGAGCACUGGCUGAGAUUAGAGAAGCCCUCCUCCGUGCUAAAGAGGCAGGAGAGCGGCCAGGAGUGGAGGACGCCAAUGAGGAGGCAAGAGCAGCCCAGACCCGAUACAAAGACUUCAAGGAGGCGCAGGUGAAGGAGCUGGACCAGCUGGAGGAGGGGCUCCGCCAGCAGAGGGAGCGCCUGGAGAAGGAGGUGGCUACCGAGCGCAGCACCCUGCUUCUCCUCGCACAUGGCCUCAGAGAGCGGCAGCAGCAUCUGAAGGAGGCACAGGAGAAGGGUGCACAGGACGCCUCGGCUGUGGGCCAGGAAGAACAGCUAGUCAAACAGGCAGAGCACAGGCUGCAGUUCAAGGAGCGCCAGCUGGCCAGUGUAGCUGACAGCCUCCUCCCUGCUCUGGCCGAGGAGAAGCAGAGAGCGGUGGAGAUGCUGGAGCGCAGUGGAGGAGGCAGGAAUGGGAACUGCGACAGUCCACCGGGGCUGGACAACACGCUGUACCAAGUGGAGAAGGAGCUGGAGGACAAGGAGGAGAAACUGAACCUCCAAUGGCACAGCGCUCAGCAGUUGCAGCAGCUUCAGGAAACCUACGAGUUCACAGCCAACGUGGCGAGGCAGGAGGAGAAGGUGAGGAGGAAGGAGAAGGAGAUCCUGGAGUCAAAAGAGAAGCAGCAGAGGGAGGCGAUGGAGCAGGCGGUGGCCAGGCUGGAGAGGAGGCACUCUGCUCUGAGACGCAGCGUCUCCUUGGAGCCUGACUCUGAGGAGCAGAGACACAAGAGCUCAGUUAUCAGGAACCUGAGGACGGGGGCGGAGCUAGACCAGCAGAGGUCUGUUAAGUCACUGUCAGGAAAAAGCUCUUUUGUUGAAUCAUUGUUAACCGAGGGGGAGUGUGUAAAAGUCGUGAUUCUGCGCUGUAUUUUAUUUACAUCUUCAAGUUUUUGUCUCUGCAGGGUGGAGCGGGAGAUCCAGAAGCUGAGGAAGAGGAUCAGUGAAGGAGAAGACAACAACAGGAGUCACUCAAUCAGUAACGAUGAGAAGUCGAGCCACAACAGCUCCCCAGUCAGCCACAUCCAGAGUCUGAACCCACUGCUGCCUCUGUCAGAUGACAGGUACCCCUCACACUUUUCUGCUGCUGGAUUUACAACAGAGCUCUAGUGAUUUUUACAGCAUUUGCUUGUCAUCAUCUCUGUCAGAAUAAAUGCGUACAUCGAAGAGGAAGUCCAGCGAAGGUUACGCAAAAUGAAUCUUCUGAACGGCAGCAGCAGCACCAUGGAUCUGUCUCUGUCCUGUGAAUCUCUCAGGGUAAGAGCUGAACCACACUCAACAUAAUGAACUUUAUUAGAUGCGUCUGAUUCCACUGAGUUUUUGUGACAAAAACUAAGCAUACUAACAGUUAACGUGUGGCCACAUAUAUGACACAUACAACAGCAUUACAGCAAGGGCUGUGGAAUACAGCCAAAAUGUAAAACAUCAGAUUUUCUUUCAGUGUACAUCCAUGAAUGUUUUUUUCCUCCCCAGAGAAAGGACUAACAAGAAAUGACACUGAACAAGUUUUGCUUUUGUACAAUAAUAUUCAAAAAAGACAAACUGAAUUCACCUCCUUCGUCUCAAAGUAUAAGCUGUAAACCUGUCUAUAAAAGUGGACAGUGUUUUUCACACAACAGGGCUGAAUAGCUUUUCCACUGGGUUUAUUGGCACUGUAUCUUUAUGUGAUCUGCAGUGCUACUACACUAGGGUCUUCUGUGCAAUGAAACCAAAAUAUGAUCCUGCAAAUGUUGGCUGCUUCUUAGUAGGUAUUUGUAGAUUGUAGGGGUCUUGUGCAUCUCUUUGUGGGACACAUUUCUCACCUCUAUUGUACUGCAGCAGCUUUUUAUCAAACUUGGCAGAAAACUGUGGUUCGUCGAAGGUCUGAUGCAACCAGCUGCGUGUCUGCAGGAAAGUACUGAGGUUAGAGUCCAAGGGCAGCUUCGAGAAAAUCUAGACUCUCAGAUUCCAAAACUGUCCCAAAACCAAAAACAUGAACAAAAUUAACAUAAAGCUCAGCACUAGAGACAAUCUUUAAUACCUGAAUACUUCAAGACUAGGGGGACAAGUUGUGAGACUCAGGCCCAGCUUCCUGGUCUGUUGGACUCUAAAUGGGACGAAAUUUACAUACAAUAAAUUUACAAUAAAUGUCAUGCUGUUUUGAAGAUGAACUAAAGCUAAUGAUCGGCACCAGAAGCUCAAAAAAAUUAGAAAAAUUGCAUUUCCUUACAGAGAACGUGUGGAAAUACUGACAGCUGAAAAAGCCAUGCAGAACUGCUAAAAAAGGGGAAAGUAUAAAUGAAAAAACAGUUGAAAAGGUGGAGUAGAAGAAGAAGAAGAACAAGAAAUUGCAUGAAUGGGAAAAUUGAGGUAUAGCUGAAGGUAAAGAAUUUGUAGGAAUGUAAAAAUUGUAGAAUAGCUUAAGUAAAAAAAAAAAAAGUAAUAUGACUUAUGUGAGUAACGGAAAUGAUAAUCAGUAUAAGUGAUUUGGAAAAACAAAUGCCUGAAUAUUCAUGUAUAACAAUGUCCCCAUAAACGUACAAUACAUUUAAUGGUGAGAAAUAGAAUGGUAAAAAUAGCACAUAGUGGGAAGGUGUUGAAAAGGGCCAAAUAUCGGCAUAAUAAUAACAAUGAUAAUAAUAAUGAUAAUGAUAAUGAUAAUAAUGAUGAUAAUAGUAGUAGUGAUAAUGAUAAUAAUGAUAAUAGUAGUAGUAAUAAUCAUAAUAAUGAUGAUGAUAAUGAUGGAAAUAAUAAUAAUAAUAAUAAUGAUACUAAUAAUAAUAAUUGUUAUUGUUAUUAUUGUUAUUAUUAUUGUAGUAGUAGUAAUAAUGAUAAUAGUAAUUAUAAUGAUAAUAAUUAUGAUAAUAAUAAUUAUGAUAAUAAUAAUAAUUAUAAUGAUGAUAAUAAUAAUGAUAAUAAUGAUGAUAACAAUUACAAUGAUUAAGAAAAUUGACUGUCAGGAAUCUCAAUAAGUGGAAAUGCUGUGUUAGCAUUUCCACUUAAAUAGUUACUAUGGGAAUAAAUGAGCUGAGAAGUGAGCUUGUUUCAUUGUAAACUUCUUUGCAUUCAGACCUUUUUGUAAUGAUCAUAGUUGCCCCCUGCUGGACAGAAAAGAGUUACAUUUUUAUAAUAGGUCUGCAGUGGUAUCGAUUCACUCACUGGGGCUAGGUCCUUUUUUUUUUUUUGAUACUGUCCUCAGUCUUAAACUUGUUUAUUUAACAUUUUAUUUAUUCUCUAAAACUGGUAGAAGUAUAAGCUGUAUCUACUGAAGAUUCUGAAGCUCCCUUUUCUGUGUAGAACUGAUAUUUAGCUCUUUGACUCUGCAGGAUGAGGAAGAGGUUAGCGACUGUAGCUCUGUUAGAUUAACAGAUGAGGUAAGACCAGGACCUGCCUGCACUUUAUGUCCCAAUAAGACUUUUCCUGCUCUGUAAUCUGCAUGAUUUCCUUUGAUUGAGCCACUUAAUCACCUCUAAUGAUCAGUUUGAUUCCUCUGAAACUCAAUCUACCCUGGUUUCGUAUGAUUUGCUCCUUCUCCCUGUGAUCAAGAAGUCUGCAUAAUUUUGUUUCCAAAUGAAGGAUGCUGCCUUUCCUUAACAGUUUGAGAAAAUUCAGGCUCUGUUUUCAUGAUUACAAGAUUUGUAGUUGACUUUAAGUUUCACUACCGUUUCAGGAUGAUGAAAAGCUGCAAAACGUUAAUCCAAGGAGGCUGAAAUAUGAGGUAAGACCGAGACCUUGUUCUCAUUUUCAGAUCAUUUUAUCAAAAUGUCAAUCAUUAGAAUCGAAGUAAGGUGUGUCCAAACCAACUAAAGUUUAAUUUUGCAUGUUACAAAAUUACUCUAAAACAUAGGAUUUAAAUCACUCUGGAAGUUAAGUUGCAGUAUUAGGGGGUUCCUCUAAGGGGAAAAGCCUUACUAUUUUCAUGCAUGAUCUUUUCACUAUGUUCUAUCACGUCCACAAUGUACAGUUUUUGUGUAGCUGUGUAGCUCUUUCUUGCACUAUGUUUGCGAUGUGGAGUUGCUCCAACUUACCCGUGGUCUCCACUGGUCAUGUCUUGGUGUUUGGUCUGUACACACCUUUUCUUGGCAGGGCAUAGGUAGUGCCAGUUUCCACUCAUGCGUGCAAAAAUUUCACAACGAAAAUAAAAAAAAGAAUUUUGGAAAUAAUUUCAUAAAUUUGCCGUGAGGGGGUACUGGUUCAGCUCAGUUGGUAGAUCAUGUGCCCCAUGUACAGAAGCCUCCAUUGCACUGGUCGUGGGAUCUAUUGCAGAUCCUGGCAAUAUUUGUUGCAUUUCAUCCCUGACACUCCCUCAACAUUCCCUUUCUUUCCCAAGCUGCCCCAUCAAUUAAGGAAAAGAUAAUUAUAGGACUGUAGCCUCUGUCAUGAGGUCCAAAGCAAAGUCAAAGCUGAACUGAUACCCUAACAUGGACAUCUUGGAUAGAAUUUGGUUUGACCUGAUCCUAGGCAGUUACAGAAUUUUAAAAGUUAAAAAGCGAGUGUAGUGGCUUUAGUGUCAGCAACUCUUGUCCCAUUUCAGGUGUAUGUUUCAGGGAGAAUAUUUACAGAACACCCAUUUUAAGUAAAAUAGGCCCCUUCUUGAUUAUGAUUGGUCAAUGAUCAAGAAGAAGAGCACGGCAGGGUCCCAGAGAGUAAAUUAUUUUCACUUGACAGUGUUGAGAGUGCAGUGACUUAAAAAAGCUUACCCUGAAUGCUUUGUUUGUGCUCAGGAGGCUUAGCAUAGAAAACAGUGAACUCCAUGUAGUUUGAAUAGCAGAACAGUGCUGCCAGUGCAAAAAACAGCAUCAGUGCACACAGCACACUAAUGGUGUUGAAAGUUUCCACGAAAAACCUUGUUGUACUAAUUUGCAUGCCAAACUUCUUCACACUGUUAAUUUUGAAUCACUUACAACUCACCUCUGCACCUGGUGUUGGACGGCUUGUAAUUCUCAUUCGGGUGGAUAAUGGAUUUCCGUAUAAUUAUAAAGAACCUUCAGCACCGUGAUGACCAUGUAGUCAUGGACUCCCCCCUUCUGCACACAGAGAGCCUCUGGGUUGUGGUCUAGCUUCCUGCCUGCUGACUCACCUCCUCAUAUCUUAGAAAAUGUGUUUGGAGAACUGGAGAAGGACUGUGUAAGGCUUCAGAGAGAAGACAAACUACCCAACAUGGAAGUCUUGGUUGAAAAAGAGAAAAUGCCUCACAAAGAUGGUGACAACACCAAAUGGUGGAAAGAGGAAUACCAGCGAGGGGAAGCAUGCAGAGAAAUUUGGAUGCUUGAUCGUGGCAGCAUUGGGAAAACAACGUUUUUAUCUACCUCAGCAAACACAUCAACCAACAGAUUUGAUGGGAAAAACAGUACAACUGACAAAAGCAGAAAUGAUUCAGGUUGCUGUAUUUCAGAUGAUGAGAAGAGGGUUGAAGAAAAAGCAAAUGAGUUGUGUGUAUAUGAACGCCGGGAUCUUUUCUCAAAUGAAAAUGUUCAGCACCAAACAUGUUACGCAGAAGCAGUUCAAGAUGUAGGUCAUACUGGGGAACAGUCUGCAAAGUCGGAGAAUCUUUCCAAUGGUCCUGUUGUCUCCAAUCAGAAGAUAAAGAUAGGCACUCACAAUCAACUGGAACAAGAGUCUGAGACAUCAGCUGAGAAAGGAGCAACCAGCAGUGGUUACUCGUUGGGUUAUUUUGCUGGAAAGCUCUCCAGUAUGUACAGAGGUGCUGGUAGAGGGCUGCAAAGCACACAGAUUAUGAUACAGGGAACACGGAACACGAGACAUCAUUAGUAAUGUAGGAGUCAGAGAAAUUAAGGAUGUACUCACUCAUUAUGUGACCAUGAUGUCUAAAGAACUUCCGCUGAUUCAUCAGAUGCAGCUCAAGCCAGAGCCAGAACCUUGCAUCCCUGUGGAAAACAAGGCGAUGUUACUUGAUUUGUCAAAUGGUCGUGGCCCUAGUCGUCCCCAGAAUUACAGCAUACCUACAAUCCCAGGCAUAUCAAGAUGGCCCGAAGGUUCUGUGUCCUGUCUUAAAAACACAUGCCCUCAAGUGUUUACUCAAAGGCUGGUCCAGUUCCCACCGGUUUUGGCCCAGCUACAAACACUUUCACCCCUGAAGAUUUUGCAAAGGUUAAAACAUCUAGUGCCUAAAAUGGAAGUAAAGAAGCUUGUGAGUGUCUUUUGGCUCCAAACUGCCACCAAAAAGCAACCGAAUCCAAAGCCUGGAUGCUUGCUGUUGUCAGAAAACCACCUGGUAGUGCUUUCGAGUGGAGCAAACUGGGAUCCCUCCUUAUCGAUUAUCCACCAUCUCAAACUCCUGGAAAUCAAGAAAGUCCAAAUAAGCUUGGCAGGGCAGCAUGUCCGUGUAAUCGGAUGCACUGAAGACACAGUCUUGGCAGUGUUUACCCACAGCAAAGAGCUUACCCAAGAGUUCUGUAAGGCUUUGCUCAAGGUCAUUGCCCCUGAACAGUUCCCUAAGGAAACUAAAGAUCACCCUCUGCUCUCAAGGGACCUCAUGACCCUCUCUUUGGACUGGACAUCAAAUGUCCCUGAUAUCAUCCUGGACAACGGCCUCCAUGUCACCUCCAGAUUCAAGAGGAUCCUGGCGGAUUUGCUCUACAUCAUCCACGGAAACAUGGACAGUCCUGGCAGGCCGUCUUUGGCCAACAUUAGUCCUCUACUCUACACCAGUGUUAAGGUCAUGAACUCCACCCGUGUGCAUCAGGACACCAUCUUUCAGUUCCUUUUGACAGACACCCACGUAGCUCUUCUCCGUGAGGAUGGCAUCUUUCAUCCUGUGCCACGGGGCACCAGUCUGGUUCCUUCCCAGCCCCAGUUUCAGGGUCUUGAACUUCGAAGGCGUUUAGACAUUGGAUGUGUUUUUGUGAGGCAAAAUGGCGACUGGCUGGUCAUAGAAAUCUCAUUUAAGAAUCAAAAGGCACAAGAUAACAAGUGUUAUACAAGGCACGGUCCGGCUGAAGUGCACUCAGUCUCUGAUCAAGGUAGCUGUUAUGAUUCCUGGAAGUUAUCUUUUGGUUGUACCUCCGAAGCUUCGAUCUUGAUCAACCAUCUCUGUACCUGAGGUGUAGACCUCCUGGCAUUGCCAGCCUUCAUUGACAAAGACAAUUACUUAUCUGGAUGCAAGGUAAAGAAAAUUCAAAUCAGGAGACAUAUACAGGGCAAUCACCUUAUUUCUCUGAGGAUGUGUCGACCAGGAUAUCACCAUUUGAUGGGAAAGAAAAAUCAGAGGAGUUGUCUGAAGAGAUGGCUGUUGAUUAUGUUAAAGUAAAAUGAGCAUAUGAAUGUAUUUUAAAAAUUUUAAACAUUUUAUUAAAGUUGGAAGUUUAUUGUUAUUAAAGUUUAUUGUUCAGUUAGGCUGUUUCUUAAUGUUUUUUUCCUGGGAAAGGAAGUGGAGCAAAGGGGAACUCUUAAAAAGUAAGUUUUAAAUCUGGACCCUACUUUUUCCGUACUUUGAAGUCCUCGUGACUGAUGGGUGCAAAAAGUUUGGAACUAGCUCUGGUGUAUGUUUAAGCCAGCAGCUUUAGAAUAGACUGUCAUAGCUGUAAUGUUUAUUGAUCAGGCAAAGUGUGCGAGAUGCCAUCACGUCCACUCAAAUGACUUGUUAUUCUGCCUCAUAUUGAUUCAAAAAUAUCUGGACAUAACUGACAGGAUCUUAACUGAAGCAGUAGUUUUUGCCAAGGUAAGAAAGAUUCCUUUUUUUUCCAAAUAUGACAGACAGUUGACAGUCUGACUACACCUUGACGUCACCUGCUGGUCCGACAUGCUUACAUGACCAUUUUUAACACUUUAUAUAAUGUCGUGGGGACAAGAUAUGUUUUGUAAAUGUUGGUUCAAAUUGCAGCCAUUUCAGUCCGUUUUAUAACUAUUGGUUUUCCAUACAGUCAGAAUUCCUAAAUGCGUGACUUUUUCAGGCAUUUAGACCCCAGAAUUGGUAAGAUUAGGGCCUAAGUUAAAAUUCCCCUUUAACCAUGUCGACAAAUCUGUUUGCAUCUAUAAAUAAUAAAGGUAUGAAUGUUGUUUAUGGCCUCUUCAUUGAUUGUUUUAAAUUGUUGACUUGUUUUAGCUUUGGUCAUGUGCUGUUCAAAGGAAGAACAGUGCUUCACUGUAACACAGAGACAUAAAAAUUUCAGCUGCUGUUGAUAAAAAAAUGUUGCUGUCUUAAUGAUUUCAUGCUGCACAAUGAUGGCUUACUAAAUAUGUACAGUAUAUAAUUGAACUGCUAAUGUGUCAUGUUCCUAAUGAGUUUAUGUUGGCAUUUUGUAAAUAAAGGUUGAACUUUAUAUGUUUCUUGUCUGACUUUAUUCGGAAAUCAUCAAUUUAUCUUAAUGAAGUGCUUAAUUGUUUCAUGUCAACCCUUUACCUUUCAUCUUUUUCCUCUUGUAUCUCUUUUUCUUUUUCCUGUUACCCGGUAACUUCCUCUGCAGCACCUGGUCUCUCGUCCUCCGGGGACAAGCGCCGAUAGUCUUCAGGAGCCUGUUAAAAUUAGCAUUCCUCGUUACGUCCUCCGUGGACAGGGGAAGGAUGAGCACUUUGAGUUUGAGGUGAAGGUGAGUUCUCCCAGCUGUUCGUCUUCAUCAUCCAUCACUAAUGUUAUGACCCACAUCUGCUGCCUGUAUGUGUUCUUUUGUCUUUUGGCUGUUUCUUUUUAGAAUGGAGGCAGUUUAAAGUAAUUUAUCAUACGCUAUAAUAUAUUUGUAGUGCUUUUGUUGAACAGAAACAAAGUGUGAAAGGGCAAAUAAAAAAACAAAAUACAGAAGUUUCCCCAAGUGUCCAUGAGAGGCUGACCCAAAAAGUCAAAGAAUCCACAUUAGGUAUAAAAUGGCCCAGUAUUUAAGCAGUUUUUGCUGUUUUGUGUAUUCAUUUAGGCUGUAUGAGAAGGAUUUUUUUUCACUUUUACACACCUGUUUUGAUUUUUUCAGUGGUUGAUAGAUGCUGGUAAUGCCAGGUCAAGGUGGCCGAUUUAGUAUUAGUUAUAAUCAGAGUAGAAAAAAUACGGGGUUAAUAAUUGGGUUCAAAAAGAGUAAUGUUUAAAAUAAUGUUUCAUGCAUAUUUAAGUCUAAUAUAUAUGAAUAUCUUGGCUUGUAACAUGUUUUCAAUAGAUUAAUGCAAAAGACAUGUAUGGGGUCAUGCUGUACCUUUUAGAACAAAAAUACAGUGAAGGCUAAUGGUUUUGCAUAAAUUUGGCAAAUUUGAAAUAUACUUCCAAAAGGCUUCUGGUCUUAUGAAACAAGUGAAUUUUAUUAGUCAGCACAAUGUAUCCUUCUAUUCUUAAAGCAGGGGAAUAUCUAGUCAUGUAUGGCAGUGAUUCGGCCCUUUUGCUUGCACUGACUGCCUCUCACAAUGCGUUGCAUCAUUGUUUUACUGGACAUGUGGUGCUUAGUGGAAGACAUCAAGAAGGGAGCAAUUAGGCAAAGAGUCUAAUCUGAAGCCGGUUCUCGACUUCCAUCCGUAACCAUUAUAGCUUAUUAAUGAAGCAUGAAUUUUACUUUCAAAUAGACUAGAAAUAUGAUGAGUAGACAGCAGGGGUAGAUGUGCAGCAGAGGGUUGUGGCUGGGAAUCUAACCACUAACUGCUGCUGUGAGGACUCACGCUGACUGCCAGGCCAUCGGUGCCCAGUUUUUGUCUUUUCAUUAUUCAUCUUUUGAUAGCUAUGCAGAAAUUGGCAAAUGUAAAGUUUGCCAACAAAAAGCUGCAGAACUCACGAUGCGAGUGGAUUUUAAAGUUAGUUGAUUUGUUAUACCUUUCUGUUUUGAAAGUAGAUGACAUAAGCACAGGAAUAUUUGGUUAUACGAUUUGUCGUUUGACUGCCUGUUAUUUUGUAAUUUGUUUUCUUUGAUCAGAUCACUGUGAAUGAUGAGAUGUGGACCGUUUUCAGACGUUACAGUCGCUUUCGGGAGAUGCAUAAGGGCCUGAAACUAAAAUAUCCAGAGGUGAGAAAACUCAUCUUCUCAUGUGAACUUUUACAUUUUUUCUAAAUCCAAGGUUGAGGUUCCAAGAUGCUACCUUUAACGCUUGAUGCUUCUGUUCAGCUUGCAGCCCUUGAGUUUCCCCCCAAGAAGCUCUUUGGAAACAGAGAUGAGCGGAUGGUGGCUGAGCGCCGGAAUCAACUGGAGGUGAGACAUUUUAGUAAAAUUAGAAAAAAAAAAAAGAAGAAAAAUGUGCGCGUCUAGGUCUAAAAGCUGGUGUUGUUUGUGUUGCUUUCUGCAGCGAUAUCUGAGAAACUUGUUCCGGGUGAUGCUGUCGUCUUCCAGCUCUCCUCUCAGAGCAGACGCAGAUGGCGGCUUCCAUCUCACCAAACAUGCUGUCUGUGAGUUCUCGCCGUUCUUUAAGAAAGGCGUCUUCGAGUACAGCAACCACGGCACUGGCUGACGAAAGCAGCCGAGACUUUCUCCGAACCAAAACAGGACGUGAAAGCAGGAGGCCUUUUUUUAGGCCUCAGAGGGUCAAGAAUAAAAACUUGAAGGUCAGUUUCAUUUUCAGCCUCCUGAUAAGCGACUCUGGGCUGUGAGUCCAUGUGCAAACUUUAUCAUGAUAAAUGUUGAAGUGGGAAAUGUAGCACUCUGUUUCAAGAGUUUCUUUCUUUGUUGUAUAUUAACAGAAAAUAUAAAAACUUUAAAAACUCUGUAAUCAUCCGACUUAAUGCUGUCUUCACAAUCUUUACAUUAGAGCAGUUUUCCAGUCAGUGAUGAAAAGAAAACUUUUUUGACACAAGGCACUGCACACUCUGGCAAUAAACAGCUAUAAUAUGUAGAUUCACACCAAGCUAUUGUGAUAUUUUUGAAUAAGGUGUACAAAAACAGUUAAAUAAACUUGAACACUAUUUGGUUGUGGGUUUGAUUCCCUGAAAAGCUGCAUGUUUGGCUCUCUGUUGGAACAAAAACUUUAUCGAAAUAGUUUGCUGACAAAAAAAAAAAGAUUUAGGAUCAUGUUUUAUUGUUACCAAACUACAGUCCAAGUAUUACUGGGUUUAAUGUCACAGACUACAGUUGUGGUAGGGUUUUCUUACAUCGGCUUUAAAGCUCCUGUGAGGAAGCAGGAUAAUACCACUGCUGCUGGUAUUAGGUGUCAACCUGCCAGCUACUAAGACAACCUCUAUUUUCUGAUUCUCCAUAUCAAAGAUUUGUUAAAAAUGCAACUAUAGGACUAAAUCAACAAAGAGAGGGCUACAGGGGCUGCAAAAGUCAUACAAGUUAAAAGUUUCUCACAGGAGCUUUAAUUUGAAAAUAUUUGGGGGUUUUAAUGACUUAUAGGAAUAAAAAGCUUUUGAACUUCAGCUGUAAUGACUCCAAUAAAAUCCUGCUGUUUAUGUACCAAUAAACAAAUAACUGCCACAGUAAGUAUUUUCUUACCUCUAGGCAAAACACCACCAUAAAUUUGCAAUAUUAUUGACCUUGUUUAUUUUGUAUUGUCCACUCAAACCCAUCUCUGGACUCAGUCCUGAAGUCUUCCACAGUCUCACGUCUUGUUAGCAGCUGUAUAAAACAGGUCUGUACUUGACUUUGGAACUGGUCUUAAUAUUAACUCUGCAUUUUUCUGAAGCCAUAUUUUGUGUAUAGAGAGUGUAAAUAAUCAUGUGCAUAGUUUUUCUAUCCUGUAUGCUUAUAUGCAAUGUAAACUAUUGACACUGAAUGUCAGUAAAGGGAAUGUACAAAAA